CUAUACUAAGUGGCUUUGUUUUUUCAGUUAGUUCAGAAUGGCACGUACUAAGCAGACUGCACGUAAGUCCACUGGGGGGAAAGCGCCGCGGAAGCAGCUGGCUACUAAGGCAGCUCGGAAAAGCGCUCCAGCCACAGGUGGCGUGAAGAAGCCACACCGCUACCGGCCGGGUACUGUGGCCCUGCGCGAGAUUCGCCGCUACCAGAAGUCAACCGAGCUGCUGAUCCGAAAGUUGCCUUUCCAACGCCUGGUGCGAGAAAUUGCUCAGGACUUCAAGACUGACCUGCGCUUUCAAAGCUCCGCGGUGAUGGCCCUGCAGGAGGCGUGCGAGGCCUACUUGGUGGGGCUCUUUGAGGACACCAACCUGUGCGCCAUCCACGCUAAGCGGGUGACUAUCAUGCCGAAGGACAUUCAGCUCGCUCGCCGCAUUCGUGGGGAGAGAGCGUAAAGCUUUCUGCGCAGUAAUUAAAUCCAACUCACAAAGGCUCUUUUAAGAGCCGCCCACUUUUACCCGAAAAUAGCUGUGAUUAACUGAUCUAAUUCUGUGAAAGUUAAUGUUGGUUGCGGUACUUACAUACUCAUUCGAUUGUCCAAAGUUGAUGGCUAGCUUACUAUAUCGCCUGUUUUCUCUCGGAUGUGAGAUUGUAAGCGUGUUCCUUUUCAUUAACUGGGCGUUGGGGGUUUGGUGCUUGGAGUUGGUAGUGGAUAGGACACAUGGGUUCAUUUUAUAGAAGGCUUGGGUUUCGAACUUUAGUCACGUUAUCUGUGUACACCCAUCAUAGAAGGGAUUUCUUGAAACUGUAUUUAUAGUUAAUCCCUUUGGGCCCUUGUAGUGUUGGCGCCAAGGGCUCGAGACAGCUAGUUGACUCGCCCCAGUUUGGCUGCUGGACCUGUCUGCAUAUCCCCACCUCGAGGGCUGUCCAGUGAGACAAAGGGCCGCGAGCUGAGUCACUAAAAGCAACAACAGAAUGCAAAGCAAAGCCCUGCAGUUUAUGAGGACAUUGUGCUGUCUGCUUCCAUGUCCCCAUCAGUCUCUGUGUAAGCAAUAAACUUGCUGCAAUUGAGAUGCCUGAGAGGAGCAGAGACCUCUGCCCAUAUUUUCCCUGGAGCCAAGCCUUUGUUUUAGCUCCUGGUGAAAAACAGGUUUAACCAGCCACCUUAAGGGCGCCAUUGUAUCUUUGAAAUGUAAAAUCUUUGAAAUGUAAACUAU